AUGAGUUAUUCAAGUUCAAGUUCAUCAAGAAGAGUAGCCGGUGUCUUUUGUACCUGCGGUGAGGUUGCACGUCUGCAAACUUCGUGGACUACCAACAACCCAGGGAGGAGGUACUUUGAUUGUGCCCAAAAUGGUUGUCGCUUUUGGAAUUGGUUUGAUCCUCCGAUGUGUGCAAGAUCAAAAGAAAUAAUCCCCGGCCUCUUGAGUAAAAUAAACCGGUUACAAGCUGCAAGUAAUCGCCACAAUGCCGAGUCUGCAACUGAAUUUGAGGACAAAGACAAGGAAAUGUACAUGAAAAAAAUAAAGAAACUGGACAAAGAAAUUGCACAACUGAAGAAGAAGACCAAAGUUCUUGUGCUUUUACUUGUAAUCUCAAUCGUGUGGAUGCUUAUCACGAAUUAA